GUGCAACAAGCCAGAUUGUCAGUAUACACGCGUGCACGUUGCGAGUAGUGCAUGCUGGGAGCAGUUCUCCUGCUCCGGGCUCGACUGAAGCGACUGAACAUCUGGAUUGUUAUUAUUAUUAUUAUUAUUAUUGACUGACGCUUUUUUUUUUUCCUUUUCUUGUCAAUUUUGACUGUCAUUCGUCUUGAGAAGUCACGCGCCAGCCAACAAUAAUGUCCGGGGGUCCUCAGGAAGUGAACAAGCUCACCGAGCUAACUUAUAAGAAUGUCAUGGACCAGUUCAACCCGAGUCUGAGGAACCUGGUCAAUCUGGGAAAGAGUUAUGAGAAGUCAGUCACAGGCAUGACCCUUGCCGGGAAGGCUUACUUUGAUGCCAUCACAAAGAUAGGAGAGAACGCUACCCUGUCUCCAGUUUCAAGGGAACUUGGUAUGGUUCUGAUGGAGAUUGCAGAUGUCCAUAGGAAGGUCCAUUUUGAGCUGGAGCAAAAUUUCAAGAGAUUCCACCGAGAGGUUCUUAUUGAGCUGGAAAAGAAGACAGAAAUGGAUGUGAAGUACAUGAAUGCCACAUUCAAACGCUACCAGUCAGAACAUAAGCAGAAGCAGGACUCCCUGGACCGUUCGCAGACUGACCUCAAGAAGCUGAGGAGGAAAAGUCAAGGCAAGAAUGUGUCCAAGUAUGAGGUCAAGGAGAAUGAGUACAUGGAGACCAUCUCAUCGCGCCAGAUGGACAUACAGAAGUUCAUCGCUGAUGGCUGUAGAGAAGCUCUGCUGGAAGAAAAACGCCGCUUCUGUUUCCUGGCGGACAAACAUUGCAUGUUCUCUUAUCACAUUAGUAACUUCCACGAUAAAGCAAAAGAUAUGGUGAACGAGAAGCUCCCCAGUUGGCAAGAGAUGUGCUGUGACGUCAGUAAGGUGCCUGACUCAGUCAGACACAUGAUAGACGGACUUUCCAUCAAUCCAGAGCAGUCUCUGCUUUCUGAACGCUACAACAGGAACAGCGUCGAGUCAGUGGUACCACCUCCUGCACCCCCACUGAAGGCCCACACUAGCCCACUCGCAAACAUGUUCAACCCCGAACCCAGAUCUCCUAUCACUUCAUCUUUAGAGAAUCACUCAGACCAGGGCAGCUUCAACGAGGACAGUUUGCCCCGGCCAACGUCCCAGUUCUCGGGUCUCAACAUGACGAAAAAGCCUCGCGUCAGGACCGUCUUUCCCCACUUGGCGGGAAACAACAGCACCCUCCUCAGUUUCGACGAGGGCGACAUGAUCACCUUGCUCGUUAAGGAAGAGAAGGACGGCUGGCUUUACGGCGAGUUGGAGAAGACUCGGCAACGUGGUUGGUUCCCCUCAUCCUACUGCAGACCUUACGCCGAGCCUCACAUAUCUAAUAGCAGCAAUUUAGGGUCACCUUUUCGAAGUCCGAGCGUUACCAGUCUGGCCGAGCUGGAUGAGGAGGAGCCCGUGUUGCUGCCGCCGCCGGACUACUCGGACGACUUCCCCUCCAGCACGAUGAUCCAGUCAUUGUCAUCGCCACAGAACAUGGUUUCUUUAGUAAAUGGGACGGCAAAGGCUCCUUUUCUUGGAGGAGGGAAUCCUUUUGCGACAGUAAAGCUGAGACCCACUGUCACCAAUGAUCGAUCAGCACCAGUCAUCUAAAAAAACAAACCAGUCCAGGGGAAGCAUGGUCGCCCUGCACCCCUGCCCGAAAACUGUACCCCAACUCGACACCUCACCUCACCAGCCUGCAAGAGUCCUUUCAAGCGAUCGUAACGCAUUGUUUAUUCAUCCGGUCUGUAUUUGAAAAUAGUACUCAUAAUGAAAAUACCUGCAAUGAAUUGCAUCCAUGAAAAAUCAGUUUUUUCUCAAACGACUGAAUGAGAGAAAAUCCAAAUAUCUUUAGCGUUUAUGUCCCCCAGACAAAGUUUUCUAAAUGACAGUUUGUUGUUUUUAUGUGGCCAUUUUUUAAGCCAAUCUCUGCUCUCGUAUAUGUCAAAUAAAAAAACUUUUAUCUGCCGGUUGCUUUAGAGGAAAAAUGUGUUUUUGCAGAAGAAACUGAGGGCGAGCAUUAUCCCCAAAUCACUCGAGGUUUUUUUUAUUAUUAUUCUCUGUGCUGCAGUUAUUGCAGUGAUAAAUGUUUGUUUUGCCUUGUUCCUGACAAAACUGCCCAGUAAACAGAAAUUGUCUUCCUAACUUACAGAAAAAAGAAAAAACAAACAAAGAAAACAUUCACAUUUCUAUUUUUUAAUAUAUUCAGUAUUGUCUUCUCUUUUUAAUUUAAAAAAAAAGAUGAGGUUGUGAGAAUGAAGGGAGGGUGCUGUAUUAAUAAAGGAUUUGUCCUUUGAAAGACAGCAAUCUGAAAUAAGAUUUUAUAUUUAUAAGCAGAAUGUUUGUAGGAGAUAUUUAAAUAUAAUGUACGGCAUAUGUCCACGAUGUGCUCAAGCCGAGCUUGGUUUUGCUUUGACUGCCAGUGUUUUAAAUGGAUAACAUUUUGAUGAAGGGAAUAUUUUUCACGCUUUGUGAUUUGGGCAGGUGUGCAGUUUAUGCAAUAUGUUAAUGACGUUCCUCACUGGUUGACAUUUACGUUGUUUAAUAUAUCAGGUCAUAAUUUUGAAAUGUACAGAUGAGAUUCUGUGAGAUCAACUUUUCUUUGGUCACGCAUUUGCUUUACAGAAUGUGUAUUCUAUGAUGGAUAAGUGAUCGGUUAUUCUUCCGUGCCACGUUCAGUGUACCCUGUCAUUGUCUUCAUAAUGUAGCCUUUUUUUCCUAAAUAAAAACAUGAUACAGUGGACAUA